AUGUUUCCUCAACUCCCCUGCCAGCCAGCGCAGAGCGCUAACAACACUCAAAACAAAACAGUCCGUAACCCCUUCAUCAUCGCACCUGGCGAUGCAACUGACCAGGCUCCCGAACAGCCUCAGCCUCAGCCUCGCGCAUUCGUUGAGGUCAGCCUGAACCCAACCCUCAUCAUCAAUUUCGAGCGUCUUCGUGCUGGGCUCGAGAAUCUCUACGGCCGCAACAACUUUUCUGUCUUCGGUGACGUCGUCGGACUCACCAUUCGCAUCUACUCCUUCGCUGCUGAUUCCGCGGUUAAGCGCCUCCAGGCGGAAGGAUACCUGCGUUCUGAGACUGCGGAUACACUGUGUCGCAAUGUCAAGCGAGACAUUCAGUCCCUGGGCUGGGUUCAGAUGAAGCCUGGUGAUCGAGGUCACGCUGUACUUCGGCUGGGUGGAAAGGAGUAUGGGUUGACGUACAAGAAAUCGUAA